AUGCCGCCGAAAGCAGGCGAUGUUGCUGCCGACCGAUUCUGCACCGCAGAGGGUAUCGUCAUUUUCGAGGGCAAGCCGCACAAAGAGAAGGUUCUCUAUGGCAACCUUCUCUGGGAUGGUGCCCUUGCACUGUGCCGGUUUUUUGCAUCGGAAUGGUCUCCUGCGGUGGCUGGCAAGUCUGCUCUUGAGCUCGGAGCUGGCACAGGAGUCGUGGGCCUGACGCUGGGCCAUCUGGGCGCGGCUCCGGUUUGCAUCACUGACUCGGAGAAGGAGUUGCUACCGUUGAUGGAGCAGAACAUCCAGGCCAACAGCCUCGGUUCCUGCACUAUCGCCCGCCGCCUGGAUUGGGGCGAUGAGUCCAGCUACAUGCACGAGCAGCCCGAGCUCCUUGUCGCAGCUGACGUGCUCUACGAGGGCGACGGAAGCCUGUUUGCGAGAGCCGUUGCCGGACACCUUGGCAUGCGCUCUGAGGCGUACGUGGCCAACCACCACAGCCCGAAGAAGUGCGAGGCAACCCUCGGCUUUCUCAGAGCAGUCCUUGAGAAGGGCAUGGAGGUGCAGAGACUCGAGGACGCCGAGGGCUUCGCCCUGGGCUGCCUCCAGAGUCGAAGUGGCUUUCGAGAUGCCCGCUUCGUUUCACUUGGUCGAGAUGUUGAGGCCGCCCUUCUCUCGGUUCGGGAUGCCCGGUUCCGCGAGCGGGACCUGAGUCCGAUGAAGCACAUUCAGAUCUUCCGCCUCACAUGGCGGCGAAUUUCCUCACUUUGA